AUGCUUUUAAUUGCUUUUCUUUUGAUAGUGAACAGUAUAGUUGCUUUUUGCGAUGAGAAGAUUCCUCUGAAAACUGCCAGAAAAGAUGUUUGGGAACACAAUGCUGUUGCAUCUUGUGCAGCACAUCUGAACACACUAAAUUGGGGGUUUGAUCAUGAACAUACGGCUUAUUAUGCUUUGAUUUGUCAAUAUCCUCCAGCAUUUGACUCUUGGGCUAUGUGUAUUCAGGAUAUGAUUAAUUUAGAAGUAACUACGGAAACGAAACAGGUAUCCACAUUUGAAAAGAGUCUUCUGUACGUCCAAGUAUUAUGCUCCUAUGUCGAUAAGAGAUCUGCAAAUAUCAGUUUAGAGCAAUAUUACUUUGGUAUAGAAAAUGGCACAAAAUUCCUAGCGGACAUUGCAUCGAUCGAAGAUAACACUGACGAGAUCUUCUAUCAUCCUAUAAAAGUUUCUGUGAAGAAGCUGCGGAGACUUGGUCAUGCAUACCAUGGGUUCUCAAGAAAUUUAGACACAAGCCAAGACUUCGGUUUAGCUAUUUGCUUUUAUUUUGCAUUUGUUAUAACACUUAUAAGUAUUAUAAAUUUCUUAAACUUUAAUGCAUUCAAGUUGCUAUUUCAUAAGUAUAAAUUAAUCAAUAAAUUUAGAGGAAGGUUCAUCAUCCCAACUUUAUUUCAUAAGCAUGCCGAUUAUUUUACCUUUAACAGAUACAUAACAGGUCUGUUACCGACAUCAUGCGAAGCUAUGAUGCUAUGUGGGUAUCUUAUUUUGCAUUUAAUAGUGUUGUUUAUUUCAUAUGAAUUUGAUCCAUAUAAUAUUAUAUUCAAAAGCAGAGGAAUCCAAGUAGCACGUUAUUUCGCUGACAGGACUGGCAUUUUAGCUUUUGCACAUUUCCCAUUAAUCAUUUUGUUCAGUGUAAGGAACAAUUUAUUUAUGCACUUAACAGGAUUUACUUAUUCAACAUUCGUUACACUUCAUAAAUGGAUUGGUAGAAUGAUGAUACUCGAUGCCAUGCUUCAUGGAAUUUCGUACUCAGUAUAUGCAAUGUUGAAUCAAACAUUCAUUUCCUCAAAUAAGUUAUCAUUUUGGAGAUUUGGUGUAGCGGCGAUAUUUUUUGGUUGCAUAAUAAUAAUUAUGUCUUUUGGCUUUUUGAGGAAACACUAUUAUGAGACAUUUUUAUAUACCCAUAUAUUGAUGGCUAGUUUAUUCUUUUACAGUUGUUGGAAACAUGUAGAACACAUUGGCUGGAAAGAUUGGAUUAUUUCAGCUAUGGUUAUAUGGAUCACCGAAAGAAUAUUUAGAAUAGCACGGAUUAUUACUUUUGGUUUUCCUAUAGCAAAACUUCAAACAAGAGGGGAGGAUAUGAUACAUAUAAAUAUCCCUAAGAAUGGAAAGCAAUGGCAUUGUGAACCAGGUCAAUAUGUGUUUGCAUAUUUUAUGGAUCCUUUAAUAUUUUGGCAAUCUCAUCCUUUUACCGUAAUGGAUCUUGGAAAUGAAAUUAUAAUUAUUAUAAAAGCCAAAACAGGUUUAACAAGGCGUCUACAUAAGAAGAUUAACGACGCUGGUGGAAAUUAUAUGAUGAAAGUAUCAUUAGAGGGACCAUAUGGUUCAAGUGCACAUGUUCAUAGAUUUGAUAACAUACUCAUAUAUGCUGGAGGUAGUGGUAUACCAGGUCCUUUAAUGCAUGCCAUUGAAUUAUCAAAGAAGUUUUCGUCUGAAAUGAAAAAAAGAAUCAAAUUAAUAAUCUCAGCCAGAGAACUCUCAUUUCUACUUUCCUACAAAAAUCAGUUAUUUAUGUUAGAAAAUACUUCGAUUGAAGUGUUAAUAUACAUCACAAAGCCAAGAGCAGAACCAAUAGAAUUAGAUGAUCUAUCUUUGGUUUCAGAUGAUUACGGGAGCCGAGAUUCAGUAAGUAUAUUUAGCAACUCAGUUUCUGAAUUUGAACAACAACUGUCAACUUUUGCAACUUUUCAUAAUGGUAGACCUAAUACAACUGAAAUAUUAAAAGAAGAGUUUGCUUUGGAAGGCUCCUUAGCAAUACUAGCGUGCACUCCUCCAGCUUUUGUCGAUGGUAUUCGUAAUAGUACUGCUCAGUUGAUGAUAUAUCAUCCAGAGAAGGUUGUACAUUAUUUUGAAGAAUACCAAGUAUGGUGA